CUUGGUUCGCAGCCUCGCGGGUCCAUGGCAGGCUCGUCGUCGAACGCCAUCAUCCGGCUCACGGUGCAGGGACCGUCUGUUUAGACAUGGCACAUUUCACCUUCUUCUGUUGUCGUCUCGCUCAAGGCGACUUCCUACUUUCUCUCGACUUGUUCUCCAGAGUACGAUAGCGUCCAUCAAUCCAUUCCAUUUGACGACUCCGGCACGCCGGUCGGUGCAGCAGGAACCAGCAUAGCCGCGAGUCCACCGUGCCAGCGAAUAGCAUUGCGAGCCGCUCAGCCUGGGGUUGAGUGUCAUUUCGAUUAACGAUCCAUACAACCAAGGAGAACCGCGACCACUCGCACCUGCGCCUUUUGCCUGCUCCAACUGUCAGUUGACCACCUCGAUAUCGGUCAGAAUCAACUACCCUGCAGCCAAUCCCCCAUACCACACGUCGCGGUUGUUGAAAGUCGAGCAGUCCGAACUUGCAAAACCUUACCUACCACAGGUCUGGACGUUCUUGCACCCCACCAAUUGUACGAACUUCCCCGUCUUUCGAAUGCAUUUUUUUCGGAAUGGCGGCAGCGGCAAGACCGGAGAGCUUUUUACCAAGUCUUAAAUGUUCGACAUGUGGGGUGGAAAUCGAUAUAGUCAAUCUAGCAGACCACGUCUGCAACCCCUUGUCUAAACCAUCAAAUGGCGACAGCACCAGCAACCCAAGCUCGGACCGCGCCAAUGUUAUGAAGGGUGACCCUGCGCUUCAGGCAGACCACUCGCUCUCUAUAGAUCCAGCAGUUCAGCAAGGCUCGAUCUUGUCGGAUGUACAGCAGCCUUCACCUGGAUAUCUACGGCCUGGAAAGAACGUGCCGCCGAAAAUCGAUUCCGCUGCAGCUAACCGUCCCUUUCUUCAGCCUGAAGCCGCGGUGACACCAGGAAGCGAUUACAGCAGUUAUACAAACGAGCAAGGCCUAACGCCUGUUACGCCGUCAACCCAGAUUACAACACCGUCCUCAAUGUUUUCGCGCAAGCCCAGCCUAUUCCCCUCGCGAUCGCCGAGUCCGCCGUCGCCAAAUUUCGCAAGUAACCUGGAUUCAGCAUUCCCUCCUUUUCGCUCAAAGUAUGAUCGCACUGAUCCAGGGUCGCUUAACAGCCAGCCGAAUCCCAUGAGGGCACCUCCCUCUCCAGGUGUGAGCGUGAUGCAGAGAAUGAACGGCAUAGCAGAUGGGCCCUUCAGCCGACCUGGACGAACCCGCAACGAUGCGCAAAGUGGUCCUAGAGAAAGACGGCCUUCGAACGUAGAAUAUAAGGCAUAUCAGGGAGGUGUAGACAACAGCCAUUACAGAAAGCCUUCCGAGCCGCAAUCUGUGUAUUCACAAACCUCUAACUACUCAGGACCCGCUAUGGAUCGUCAAUCUCGAACGCGCAAUCCUUCUCAAAGAGAGACACAGAACACGAUCAACUCGAUCGACAAAUUUCUGCGCGAGUCCGAUGAAGAACCACAGUCCACCAGCUUUUUAGCGCCGGAACAGAGGUCAGAAACAUUUUCAGAGGACCAUAGUGCUGCUUCGCAAAAUCCAUACGCAGGCUUUGCGUCAUCGCCGGCGAUGUCGCCAGCGAUGUCAGCGGCACCUAACAAGACAGAGUUCUUCCCAGGCGAGGGACGAAUAGAAGAGGAGAAGCGACCGACAACAUCUGCUGGGCUGUCGCGGAGCAAAACAAGAGGGCGAUUUGACGCGUUCAAAGAUCCCGCCAUUCAAAAUCCAUUCAUCCCCAUGGCAAGACAGCAGCCGCCUUCUCUGGAAACCGCAACGCGAGAAGUAGCAAAUUUGCAACUUGUUACAGAAACCAAUUCCCCGGACAAUGAUCCCAAAAGCCCUUGGUUUGAAGCGCCGAGGCCAUCGCCGUUGCCUCCAUCGACAGCCAAUGCGUCAGGACCGUCAACAAGAGCGCGGUCACGAACAAUGACACGGACAAAUGAACCAACGGCUGUCGAUCGCUUCUUGGAUAGCAAUGUGCCAGUGCCAUCACUCCCAGUGCAAACUCUGCGCAGAGAAGGGUCAGCCGCUCGAAGUGACGUCUCUCAUUCUCCGAGCGACUCAGCGUCUUCGUCUUCAUCUACCAACCCCUCUACGGCACCGUCAUCGGUCUCAUCUUUGUCUCGUAACGCCAGCUCAGACAGCACCCGAAGUCACCGAAGAGGCCUUUCAAGGACAGGGCGCCCAGACGCUCUGCCACCACCCGUAAUGCCCGCUGUGAGGAAUAUACCACCCCCUCUUGAAUCACCUGUUGAUCCAGCGGUGCACCAUAUGCGACGGCCGGCAGAUCCUGCCAUACAACUGGGAAGCGAUCCAAGAAGUCAGAUCAAUGACUCCCCACCGCGAUUGCGACAAGGAUCGAAGACAGAUAUCCACUCUCGAAGCCCUCCUCGUUUCCAACAGCCGAUCAGCAAAGGUGAAUGUCGUGGUUGCGGAACUCAGAUCUAUGGCAAGUCUGUCAAAGCAGCGGAUGGCCGACUUACGGGCCGUUACCACAAGGAAUGCUUUGUUUGCCGCACGUGCCAAACUUCCUUCCCAAGUGCGGAAUUUUACGUUCACGACAAUUCGCCAUACUGCGCUCAACAUUACCACGAACUCAACGGCUCGCUAUGCACAAAGUGCAACAAAGGAAUCGAGGGACGAUAUCUGGAGACCGAUCGCAAGGAGAAAUUCCACCCGCACUGUUUUUGCUGCUCUCACUGUCGUGUGAAGCUUGAUAUGGACUACUACGAAUUAGCAGGGCGACCGUAUUGCGAAAGACAUGCCCUCGCGAUCCCACGCCAACGUGGUCCAGGUGCACCUGUCGCUGAAAGGCGGCGAACUCGUAUGAUGUUUAUGUAACGACGAUUUCUCAACCCAUCUCAUCACUUUGCGUUCUCAUUGAAUAGCAGCUCAGGCUUGCAUAUCUUUCGCUGUAUACCCAUGCUGGACCAUCUGUGCAAUGCCUACAUCUGCAAAUUUCUAUCUUGUUUUAUUGCCAAGUGGCACCUACAUGAUACCCAUCUGAAGCUGUCUGAAACCAUUACCGCUACUAUUGUUCUGUGCCAUAACCCACAAAAUGGUACCUAUAAUGUAUAUUACACGUCUCCAGUAAGAUAGAUCCCAAUAACAAGGAUCCACAACCUACGCAUUAAUGCG